GUGCCUUGUUUAGUCUCCAAAACAGAGUACAGGUGCCCCAGACCCGGAUGCUCUCCUCGCUCCUGUAGCCUACCUUGUGCGAAAGCCUAUAAACAACGUAUUGGAUGCAGCGGCAAGCGCGACCAGACCCAAUUUGUUCCUCUCUCUCAAUUUGACGAUAAUCUCCUCAUCUCUGGGUUGCUGAAUCUGCUCAAAGAACUAGAAUCAAAUUGCGUGCUUAUCCUCACUUUAAGCUGCCAUAUUAUCUUUGAAACCUUCGAAGUGCUGCUGCAAGUCGAAGAACAAAGUUCCUAAUUCUCCCUAGUGGAAUGUCAAAGAGGGAGAAGAAUCAAUCUCACUAUGAGCAAAGGAAGAAAUUUAUCUCUUGGACAAUUGAGUGGCGUUUCCACUCUACAGAUGUUGUUUUACUAGACCGCGGAAUGCAUGAAGAUGAGACCCUUGCAUCAAGUCUGAGUGUCUUGCCUAGCUUAGGCGGUUCUUUUAUUUUACCAUUUUUUGUUAGGGUUAAGGGCCCCAGGUCACCUUAUCAUGAGUUGGACGUGAAGGCGCCUCUUACCUUCAAGAGGAUGACAACCGGGGCCAUGUUUUAUCAACUGUACUUCUUAAAGCAAUUAUUUUGAAACCUCCAGGUACCUUUUGUUGAAGGUCGUUCGAGCUUUUCCUGGGAGUAUACCAUGGGUUACUUCAGCGUCGUUGUGCCUGGUACUCGAACAUUGGCUCGAGGCAUUUUCUCCACCUCUUCUUACCCCGAAAAGGCAGGGACACCUUCCGUCUAGGAAAUCGGGUACAAAGUUUGUGGCAUAAGCCCAAGCAUUGUUGUUAACGGGAUCAGCGAGGUGGUCCGCCAAGUUCUCUAAUGGGCCCUUACCAGUCACAAUGGCCUGAACAAAGAAUCCAAACAUGGAAAACAUGGCCAACCUACCAUU